CGAGGAUUGUUGGAGAGUGGCCCCAAGCGGGGCCUUAAAUGGCCUCUCAACUGCAACCACGGGCUCAAUCCGUAGCCAUUUGGGCUCAAGCCAUUUGGCAAGUGGGGUGUCCGCCCUCGUCGCGCGUACAUCGUGAAACGUUACACCCACACGCAUUCUCUUCUGCGUAGCAUUUCCAGGCGACGCAGUUCGGAUGGUGGCAGUUUGGAAGGCACCAUAUGCUUCUGUCCUUUUGCUGCUGGUCACGCCCUCGACCCGCGCCCUCGUUCUCGAACACAACGCCUCGAAGGGUUUGGGCGGGCUCCAAGACGUCGCCAACAAGUUCCAAAACCCGGCUGCAACGUACACUACCGGUAAUUGUGUGGCAGUGUCUGACCUGGGCACGUACGACGAUGUUACUGUGGCCUUCACUUUGACGAUGACCGGCGACGCAUCCAACGUUGGUAUUGCUUCAGUGUAUCACACGAAUUCUUGGACCCCUGGGGACCUCCACAUUGGGAUUGACGCGCCGGACGCAAACGGCCAGUCUUUGUAUUUUGCUGUCAAUGGCAACACUUACUAUUCAAGUGAUGGUGAUUUUCGUUUCAACAAUUAUGACAUUCCCCUGAACACGGCUGUGGACAUACGCUUGGUGUACUCCAAGAGCGGAGGCACAGUGGAAUUGUAUGUGAACGGUGUCUUGACAGAGACCUUGGCGCACAACGGCGCCUAUUCGAUCAAGUUCACGGCUGCAAAAAUCGGAUGCUGGAAAACUGGGAGGGUCUUGCGGGGAACGAUUGAGGGUUUUGAGGUGUCUGCGACGACGCCCGCCCCGACGCCAGCGCUCACGCCCGAGCCGACUCCAUCGCCUACGCCCGCCCCGACACCGACGCCUACGCCCGCCCCGACGCCAGCGCUCACGCCCGAGCCGACUCCAUCGCCUACGCCCGCCCCGACAGCGACGCCUACGCCCGCCCCGACGCCAACGCCCUUGACGACUUCGGCAGUCGGCGAUCCUCAUAUGCAGAAUGUACAUGGCGAGCGGUUCGAUCUGAUGGCGCCAGGCAGCCAUAUUCUGAUCAACAUCCCUCGUGGAGAGCGCGAUGACAAAAUAUUGCUUCGCGUGCAGGCCAAUGCGCGUCGAUUGGGUAGAAAGUGCAUGGAUAUGUACUUCGACACGGUGAACGUGACCGGGUCUUGGGCAGAGGCAAGUCAAGCCGGAGGGUAUCAUUUCAGCGCGUCGCAGAGCGAGGUUGAUUUUCCCGGGUGGGUUGUUUUUGGUAAGGUCGAGUUGAAGAUCGUUCGCGGGCAUACGGACGGAGGUUUGCCGUAUUUGAACGUGUACGUCAAGCAUUUAGGACAAGCGGGGGCUGUUGUCGGAGGUCUACUUGGCGAAGACGAUCACACCGACGUGAGCACGCCAGAAGCUCAGUGCAUGAACGUAUUGAGUCUGGAGAAGGGCGCGCGCCAAUACAGCAGCGUUUCCCUGGCGGUCUCGACCGCAGAGGGAACGUUCGCUUAAUUGGAGGUUUCCGUUCGCCUGGAAGAUCGGCCGAGAUAACGGGAGCCGUCAUACCCGCAUGUUUGUCCCCUUUUCCCUCAUUUUAUUGCCCCCCUCUGCGUGAUAGAUUUCUGGGCGUUUUCAUAUCAAUUAUACCUCGCACGGGAUCUUAGUUGACAUGUAUUGUCUUGUUUAUGUUUGAUUGUCGUUGUGCCGGGCCUUAUUAUAUAAAUGGUCGGGUGGGCCAUUGGAGGAUGCAUGCGCAACGCCAAGCCAACGCCUUCUUUUUCUUUGUCCUCCCCCUCCUCCUCUUCGUCCUUCUUCCCCAUGUCCUGCUGGCUUUGGUUGGGCGAAAUGCACGGUUACAGAUUCGGCCGCUUAGAUUGCCAUUGAGUUGGCCCUAUUCGUCGCGCUAUUGGAUACCCAUGCUGAGGGGCAGGACUUUGAAUGAUGUUUGCAUGUUUUUGCCGUGGA